AUGUAUUAUCCAACUUGCUAACCCUAUCAGUCUUGUCAAAUUCCUUUAACUUAAUGUGUGAGUUAAAAGUAAUGCUUGGUACAGACAACUUAACCUGAUAUUAAUGGAGCUAUUAUCAAUGAAAGAGAAUAAUUGAGAAUGCAAUUGAUGGAAUUGGAAGACAGAUAUCAUAUUGACAUUGAAGAAUUAAAAAUAAAUCUUCUUUCUGAAAGUGAAAGGAUUCUAUAAAAAUCUUUAAAUGAAUUGGUUUAACAAUAUGAGCCCUAAAUCCAUUAGAAGGAUUCUCAAAUUAAUGUAUUAACUCAAAAGUUGUAAGCAGCAGAAACUGGUUUGCAAUAAUUCCAAGCUGAGAAUGCAAAAUUAAAAGAAGUCAUAUUUAAAAAAAAGGAUAAGAUCAAAUAUUACAAAUAAGAAAUGGAAAAUCAAAGUAACUUUCACUUACAGAAAUUAAAUGAAUAAGAAUAAUUCUGGAGAGAAAGAUUGAAUAGAGAAUUAAAUUAAUAAAAAUAAAUAUUGCUCUAAGAAUUUUAAUUUGAAAAGAAAUCAUUGGAAGAUCAGAUUUAUAAACUGAAAUCUUAAUUGGCUUAAUUUGAUGAAAAAUAUCAACAAAUUUUAUUUGAUUUAGAAAAACUCAAAUAACAACUCUAAGACAAAACACAUGAGUGCGAGGAGUGGAAAACCAAAUGUAGGAGAUUGGAACAUUUAGAAUCAAUCAAACCAUAAGCUAUAGAGCAUUCUCCAUCUAGAGAUAGAGUAUUGGAAUCAAGAAUCGAAUAAUUAGAAAGAGAAAUUAGAAUAAAAGAUGCUAAAUUGGCUAAGAAGAAGGAUAAAGUAUAGACUAUUAUUCAACAUGUGCCUUAAUAAGUGAUUGUGGAAAAACCAAUUGAAAGAAUAAUAGAAAUCGAAAAGAUUGUUCCAGUCGAAAGAAUUAUCAGAGAAAGAGUGCCUGCUAGAUAACCUAUUGUUGUUUAGCAAAAUGUUUAAAAGAAAGUGGAAAGUGAAUCUGAAGAUGAGGAAUUAAUAGAAGAAAUCAGAGUGUUAAAGAGAAAGAUUGUAGAAUUACAAUAAGUAAUUGCUAAUCUUAAAAUUUAACUUGACGAUUCUCUAAAUGAGAGAGAUGAUCUAAAACAUAAUUAUGAGAUCCUGCUGGCCAAAGUUAGAUAACUUGAAGACUUAUUACGUAGCAGAAAUAGGGAACUUUAAGAUAAAGUCAGUUCCUUAUAGCAUGUAAAAAAAGAUGAAGACAAAAUUAUUGUUCAUGUUAAUCAGGGCAAAAACAAAACAAGCCAUGUUGUCAAAAGAUGAAUACAAUAAAACUAAUAUAUCUGAUUUAUCGAUUAUAGCUAACUAUUAUUUUUUUGCUAAUAAACCUUGUUUCU